UAGUAGUAGUAGUAGUAGUAGUAGUAGUAGUAGUAGUAGUAGUAGUAGUAGUAGUAGUAGUAGUAGUAGUAGUAGUAGUACGACCGACCGAGCCCAGCUCUCUCUGUUUCUUGCUGACUUCGCUCAAAGUAACCGUAGCCCGAGUGGCAUUCUGUGCUGCAUUCCUUCUAACCUCGCCCCCCCCCCUCUCCGAUUAGUCGCGUGCCGUCCCACAACAGCUACUCUCUCCCUCUCUCUCUCUCUCUCUCUCUCUUAGGCACCCUAGCCGAAUGCUAUGAUGAACUGGGAAUGCGUUAUCAAUUGCCCAUCUUUGUUCUUUCCAAACCGUCGAAUCUGCAGUCAGAGCCACCGCCGCCGCCUCCAACAUCGUCGGAUAGGCCAGAGGCUUCAGCAACGCCAGACGGUGACGACGGAGACGCCAGUGGUGCUGAUCGAAGUCUGGACGUGGUUGCCAUUGUCAAUAUCCCCUCAUCUGCCGGUCCCCAGCCUGCGGAACACCUGACCUCGGGAGGCGGCGGUGGCGGUAUCAACAUUAGUAGUGGCAGCAGCAGCAGCACCAGCAGCAGUAGUGGUCGGGACUCCGCAGCAGCUCGCUCACGCCAAGUUUUCGGCGGCUUCAUCAACUACUUUCGCGUCCACCUCCGCCGAAUGCGAAAACACCGGACCCCCCGCGGCAGCGGCGGCGGCACCGGCGAAGGCUCCAGCGGCUGCGCCCGUGUGUUAGCACGCAGCCGCAAAAAACGGCGACGCUUCAGACACAGCGGUGAUGGGGAGAAGGAGGAGUUGCUUGACCUGCGGCUGCGUCUGUCCACGGGUCAGGAGUAUCAGAUCACGGUGAAUCCCUCCGUCAAUGUUAUUCUUGAUGCCAAGAAGGCACUCUCGAAGCUGAUUAACUGGCAACCUGAUCGCCAGCGAUGGUUUUGCUGCGGUAUGGCCCUGAAGGAUAACUUGCGUAUUUCUGACUGUCACAUUCCGCCCGGCUUUGUCAUCCAAGUGAUUGUUCACUCGCCUUUAGACCCAGAGUCAAAUUGGAUCAAGGCUGACAACCAGAGACCGCAAAAUUGA